UACGAUAUAAAAGUUACGAAAACGAUGAUCGGCUGUGAGCGGUCAGCGUGAACAUCCGUGCGUAUAUCUUGUCAUCGUGCGUGCGCACAUAACGAAGUUUGUGCUGCGCCUAAUCAGGCAGUGUAACAUCGGCCCGGCUCGCGCUUAAUUGCUCUGGCGAGCCUCCCGAGCGAUGAAUAAUUCGCGAAGCCGUCAGUCGCGGAUCAACGGCAAAACGAGGCAAUAAGGCUGACUAAGCCAAGACGAGGAACCAACAGAGGCGGCGAAAACGGGCCGCAAAAAUCAGCCUCGGACGACGCGUUUGAUAGUAGCGCCGGCACAGUCCAUGCAACCAACUGCCAGGGGGAACCCCCGGCUCCCCAGCCCUGGCCCGUUGCGACCGUUCACACCUCCGGACCUCUCUUCCAUACCCCAUAUGGACGGCACACCUCUGCACAACAGCAACGACAGCAACGGCAACAACAACAACAACAACAACAAUAACAAUAAUGCACACAACAGCGGCGCAUCACCCGCGAGCAACAGAGCGAACGACGGCGCACAAGAACCCACCGGGCCCUUCAUCAUCGGCAGUCCCAUCGAUCUCGGCGACAUCGACAACGUUGACAACAUCGGCCUCCGUUUGGACCCCGCCGUGCGCGGCAGACGGAGAACGCGGGAGCACAUCGAGCUACGGGAGACCGACCUGCCGGAGUCGACUUCCGAAGUUGGUCCGGUAAGGGCGGAAAAUGGUGGCUCACAGGGUGAGGAUCAACCACCUACGCAACACGGUGAUAAUGAGGAGAGGGUCAUCUUUGUCAAUGCUCCGCAUCAACCCGCAAAAUACAAAAACAAUCACAUCACCACUGCGAAGUAUUCAUUUCUGUCAUUUGUACCUUUAUUCCUGUUCGAACAAUUCCGUCGUUACAGCAACUGCUUCUUCCUGUUCAUCGCACUUAUGCAGCAAAUACCAGACGUUUCCCCGACCGGACGGUACACAACAUUGGUGCCACUGAUUUUCAUCCUCAGCGUGUCCGCCCUGAAGGAGAUAGUCGAGGACAUUAAGAGGCACAGAGCAGACGAUGAGAUAAACAUGAGAGAGGUGGAAGUCCUAAGGGACGGCCGCUGGCAGUGGAUACAGUGGCGUGCUUUGGCCGUUGGCGAUGUAGUUAAGGUCCACAACAACACUUUCUUCCCCGCUGACUUGAUCUUAUUGUCGUCAUCGGAGCCGCAGAGUAUGUCCUUCAUAGAAACCGCCAAUUUGGACGGCGAGACGAACCUGAAGAUCAGACAGGCCCAUCCCGACACUGCCAAUCUUUUGGAUACCGCGGAAUUGAUGAAUUUUCGCGCGAACGUACAGUGCGAGCCGCCUAACAGGCAUUUGUACGAGUUCCACGGAGUCUUACGGGAGACCAAUAAACAGAGCGUAGCUUUAGGGCCCGAUCAAUUGUUACUUCGUGGCGCGAUGUUGCGGAACACACGGUGGGUGUUCGGCGUGGUCAUUUACACGGGCCACGACACGAAACUCAUGCAGAAUAAUACCGCGACAGCGCCGUUGAAGCGAUCCACUCUCGACCGACUGAUCAACACGCAGAUUCUCAUGCUCUUUUUCAUACUCCUUUUGCUGUGCAUUCUCUCGGCGAUAUUCAACGUCGUGUGGACAAACGCCAACAAACACGGCCUCUGGUACUUGGGUUUGAAAGAGGAGAUGACAAAGAACUUUGCUUUCAACCUUUUGACGUUUAUCAUCCUCUUCAAUAAUUUAAUACCGAUAUCGCUGCAAGUAACGCUCGAGGUAGUGAGAUACGUCCAGGCGACCUUUAUCAAUAUGGACAUUGAGAUGUAUCACGCAGAAACGGACACACCAGCGAUGGCCCGCACCAGUAACUUGAACGAGGAACUCGGAAUGGUGAAUUAUGUAUUCACGGACAAAACCGGCACUCUAACGAAGAACGUCAUGGAGUUUAAGCGAUGUUCGGUCGGUGGGAAGAUGUACGAUUUGCCAAAUCCCAUUAUCGAGGAGGAGGGUGUGAGUGAGAGCUGUUGCGAUUUAAUCGAAGAUAUCGUUGAAGGAAGGUCCGUGCGCGACUCCUCGAACCCUAUCGAUAAGAAGAAAGCGGAGCAAGCUGCGGUGCUUCAUGAAUUCAUGGUCAUGUUGUCGGUCUGUCACACGGUCAUCCCUGAGAAAGUGGAUGACUCGAUAAUUUAUCACGCUGCAUCUCCGGAUGAGAGAGCGCUAGUGGACGGGGCACGUAAAUUUAAUUACGUGUUCGACACUCGAACGCCCAAUUAUGUGGAAAUUGUAGCUCUAGGCGAGACUCUACGGUACGAAAUACUGAAUGUAAUAGAAUUCACUUCGGCUAGAAAGAGAAUGUCGGUGGUGGUGAAAACGCCCGAGGGAAAAAUUAAAAUUCUUUGUAAAGGGGCAGACUCUGUGAUCUAUGAAAGAUUAACACCAAUAAACUCUGUAGAAAUUAGCGAUCUCGACCAAGAGCACAUAGAUGAUUUUCGUCAGGCAACUCUGGAGCAUUUGGAGGCUUUUGCCAGCGACGGAUUGCGAACGCUUUGCUUCGCCUCCGCGGAGAUACCGGAGAAUGUUUAUCAGUGGUGGCGCGAAUCGUAUCAUAAAGCAUUGGUUAGCACGAAGAAUCGUGAAAUCAUGUUGGAAGAGACUGCGAAUCUUAUUGAGACUAAGCUUACGUUAUUGGGGGCAACUGCAAUUGAGGAUCAGCUGCAAGAUCAAGUCCCAGAAACGAUACAGGCUCUUUUGCAAGCUGAUAUCAACGUCUGGGUAUUGACGGGAGAUAAGCAAGAGACCGCCAUAAAUAUCGGUUACUCGUGCAAAUUGAUAACGCAUGGAAUGCCUUUGUACAUCAUCAAUGAAUCCUCUCUGGAUAAAACGAGGGAAGUUAUAAUCCAACGUUGCCUAGACUUUGGGAUUGACUUGAAAUGCCAAAAUGACAUAGCUCUAAUUAUCGACGGAAGUACUUUGGAUUUUGCCCUGUCAUGCGACAUCAGGAUGGACUUUUUGGAAUUGUGCUCAGCUUGCAAAGUGGUUAUCUGCUGCAGGGUGUCGCCCAUACAAAAAGCUGAGGUAGUUGAUUUGAUUACGAGCAACAAGAAAGCCGUGACUCUUGCAAUCGGCGAUGGUGCGAAUGAUGUUGCUAUGAUCCAAAAAGCUCACAUUGGUGUCGGUAUCUCAGGUGUAGAAGGUCUUCAAGCAGCUUGUGCCUCCGAUUACUCCAUUGCACAGUUUCGUUUUCUGAAACGUCUAUUAUUCGUUCAUGGCUCUUGGAAUUAUAGUAGAAUGUGUAAAUUAAUAUUGUACUCGUUUUACAAGAAUAUUUGUCUAUACGUUAUUGAAUUGUGGUUCGCUAUUUAUUCCGGCUGGUCCGGGCAGAUUCUUUUCGAAAGAUGGUCCAUUGGACUUUACAAUGUGGUUUUCACAGCUGCGCCUCCAUUGGCUAUGGGUCUCUUUGACAAGGUGUGUUCAGCAGAAACUCACUUGGCUCAUCCAGGACUGUACGCGACAAAGAAUAAUGGCGAAUCAUUCUUCAACAUUAAAGUAUUUUGGAUAUGGAUUGUGAACGCCUUGAUUCAUUCGUCGUUACUUUAUUGGCUACCACUCUUGGCUCUCACACAAGACGUGGUUUGGGCAAACGGUAGGGACGGUGGUUAUCUUUUACUAGGAAACUUCGUCUAUACUUAUGUUGUAGUAACUGUAUGCGCGAAGGCAGGUCUAAUAAUAAACUCAUGGACAUGGGUCACUCAUUUAGCAACGUGGGGAUCUAUUAUACUCUGGUUUUUAUUUAUUUUUAUAUAUAGUAAUUUUUGGCCCGUUUUGAACGUUGGCGCUGUGAUGUUAGGCAAUGACAAAAUGUUAUUUUCUUCGCCUGUUUUCUGGCUGGGACUUAUAUUAAUACCAACGGCAGUAUUGCUUUUGGAUGUUACAGUAAAAGCAGUGAAGAAUACAAUUUGGAAGUCUGUAACAGAAGCAGCUCGAGAGAAUGAAAUUAGAAAGUCAGAUCCUGGUGUUAUAUUCAACAAUCAGGACUAUAGAAGCUCAUUGACGGAAACAGCGAGGCUGCUGAAAAACGUUAAAAGUGUUUUCACCAGGCGCUCGAACGCCGCCUCCAGAGUCAAUGUCGAGGUGGAGCUAUCACAUGGUUUCGCGUUCUCGCAAGAGGAGGGUGGCUCGGUUACCCAGACGGACGUGAUCCGGGCGUACGACACAAAUCUUCCGAAACCCGGCGGCAUGUGAUUUAAGCCGGGCUGCCAUGCGGCGAGAUGAUGCCGGCUGCUUUCGCAAACUGUCUGAAGCCAGCAGCGGAGGGCUUCGCGAUUCGACGCUUCUACUCUACGUGUUUGCUCGACUAACGGAGGAUCGAUCGACCUCCGACAUGGAAUUGGCUCGACGACAGGCUUAAGGACAUCCCCGAGGAGUCUCGGAAGCUUGAGGGAGGAUUGAGGCCCUCGGUUAGUCGCGCGCGAGCGCGCGUUCACCUCUCCGUCUUUCUUUCUCGCUAAAAUAGAAACUUACCACGGCCUUUACCUCUGAUCCGACGUAAUAAAUAGCCGAGUCUACUGCGCCGGAAAGCACUUGUCGGUGGGAAAAGGGACGUUAGAUAUUUACAGACGUGUGUAGUGGUUUCCGCUCGAUAUCUUCGCCACACGCCGCCGGGACGCGCACGGUCGCCAUGGCUAAUUGAGGGUCGAACAACGCGUUGACGUUCAAACGAGCAAUUCCUCUCGAACUUACUGCGAUCAAUUUGUAGAAAAAGUAAAAGCUCCGAUAUUAGCACGAACAAUUAUUUUGAUACUCCGUGAAAUUUUAUUCUAAUACUUGUACGUAGUGCGAUCUCGUUGAAAGAUUAUAUCGGAUAGAGCGACGUAUUUCGCGCGGGGACUCGGCGACUGGCAGCGUCGCAGCUGCAUUCCGAUGCGAUGCAUUUGGGAAAGCAUUUCGUGUUGAUGUCAAAGUGUGCGCAGAGAGAGAGAGAGAGAGGGAGAGA